AAUAUCAAGAGAUCAACAAUGUUACGUCAUACAUAAAAUAAGUAAAGGGAGUACUGAACUAAUCUUCCCCAUGGUUACAUAGGUACUUUGCGAAUUAUUCAUUAAAUUUUUAAGUUUAAAAAAUGUACUCACCAAGACAGAAGAUAUUGUGGUUUGCAUUUAAUACCAGAAUUUUCAUAAUUUUGCUGCAAGCGGUCUUCAAUGCUGUUAUUCCAGAUCAUGAUGCAAAUGUUUUUAUAAGUCCAGAAGACCCAACUUUAAGAAAAACAUCUGCAGAUUCUAUUAUAGAAAAGAUUUUUGGAGGAUUAAAAAGAUGGGAUGGUCAGUAUUUCAUUCAUAUUUCCCAAUAUGGAUAUACAUAUGAAAACUGUUUAGCAUUUUUUCCAUUAUUUCCAUUAAUUGUAAGACAUCUUGCCAACCUUAUUAAUAGUGUAUCAAGCAGCUUUCUGAACUAUCAUAGUAACUUGUUAGUAUCAGCAACUUUGAUUAACAUUGUGUUUUUUAUCAAAUCUGCUGAUGUAUUACAUAGACUAAGUCUUAGGGUACUUAAGAGUGAAAGCAAGGCUUACAAAUCAGUGAUUCUGUAUUGUGUUAAUCCAGCCAGUAUAUUUUUUGUUGCUCCAUAUUCGGAAUCCUUGUUUGCUUUUAUGUCAUUUUAUACUAUGUUGAAGUGUACAGAACCAGAGACUUUGAGGUUUGCUAAUAUUGACAUGAUCACUGCUAUACCUGUCGGAUUUUCCAUGAUAACAAGAUCUAAUGGGUCCUUGAACUUAGGAUUUAUAUUUUAUACCAGUUUUAAAAAUACAAUUGAGAAAACCAUACCUGAGAUAAUGUACAAAUAUAGAACAUUGAAAAAUAAAAUAAUUAUUCCUGCGUUAAUGUUACCAUUACUUACAUCAGCUUUGGCACUCUUUAUGACUACAAUAGUAGCUAUAAUGCCAUUUGUGUUGGUUCAAGCCUAUAAUUACUUCAAGUUUUGUAUUGUAACUGAAAAUACUUUACCAGAAUUUCUAUUAAAUUCAGAGUUUGUCUUACCAGGUAAUGCAGAAAGUCCAUGGUGUAAUAAAACAUUGCCUGUGUCAUAUUCUUACAUCCAAAGCCAUUAUUGGAAUGUGGGGUUGUUUAAAUACUAUCAAAUUAAACAGUUACCAAAUUUUAUAUUGGCACUGCCUGUAUUAGUUCUAAUUUUAUAUAAUUGUUUGAGUUAUGUAAAAAAUAACAUAAGGUUAUUUUUAAGGCUUGGAUUAAAAGACAAUAUAUCCUACUUUGGGUAUACAACUAAGAUUAGUUGUAGGCCUAAGCAAUAUUCUAAAGGAUUUGGGACCAAUGACCCAGUAUACUUUGUGUAUGUGGUGCAUGUAAUGUUUUUAACAAUCUUUAGUAUAAUGUUUGUUCACAUACAAGUUACGACAAGGCUUUUAGCAUCUGCAAGUCCUGUCUUGUAUUGGAUAUGCUCAAAUAAAAUUAAUGUGGGUCCCACACCAACAUCUGAUCAGAAUACAAUUAAUGAGCAUUUCCGAAGAAUUGGGAUGGGAAAAAGAAUACCAUCACACCAUUUAUCUAUUGCCAAUUUGGAAGGUGUUGAUAACAUGUACAGUAAAUGGAAAACUUUUAUCAUAACCCGCAGAAUGCCUGACCUUCAGUCUCGCUUCAUACAAUGUUAUUUUAUUGGUUAUGUAGUAACAGGUACUGUACUGUUUUGUAAUUUCUUACCUUGGACUUGAUUAUCUGAUCAAACUGAGCUUUAUAUGCUCACAUAUCAUUGUAAAACAUAUUCAUAUCAUUUUUUAUUAUUAGAACAUUGAAUAGAUUAUUUAUUAAUAGAAUAAGAGUCAAUUUAUUAAAACUUUUGCUUAAAAUUCAAUAAUGCAUGGGGCCUUUAAAAUUAGUCCAUUUCUAAGUGUAGAGCUUGGAAGUUUUAAAAUGUUUUAACAUUGCAUAAUGCAGCCUUUUACAUUGUAGCUAAUAAGAUUUUAGUAAAUCUAGUCAAUAAUAGUUAAUUUAUAGUUAUACAAAUGCUAGGAAGAUUGACUUAUUUAUGAUGUUAUAAGCUUAGGUAGGAAAUUGAUCUCAUUUUGAUAGUAAUGAAAAUGUAUCUGCAUUUUAAAAUGGUUUUGUGAAUUUUUAUUUAUAACUUAAAGUAAGAUAUAUUAAAUAUACUUUGAGGUGGACAAACCAAUAAAAAAAUGCACUGUUAUCAAUGGUACAAUAACGGGAGUUACUACGCCAUAAUAUUGGGAAUCAGUAAUAUAUAUGUAUAGAUAAUAUAGAGUAACUUGAAUUUGCCUUAAUGAGUUGUGUUUGCAUUAAAAAUACACACAGCUAAAUAAGUAUAGCUGAAAACAGUUAUGACAACCGUCCAUUCAGCAAUAAAAAUAGUCAUACAAACUAUAAUAAUCAUGUGUGCAAUUUAAUAAAACAUUUGCCUUAGGUAAAAUAAAUUUAGGGCGUUUGACAUUCGCAGAUUUAUAACAUGUUUAUAAAAUAUAUUCAAAUAAUCAUAACCACAAUAAGUUUAAAACUACUUAAGGCAAUGGCUAAAUGUUUUAUCUAAAAGAUAGCCAAUCAAAAACCAGGUAACUUGCAAAAUUGCCUCUUUUUAUAGUGAAGAGAUGUGUGAUGUAUAGUGAUGAGUGUGAAUAAGAACAUUUUAUUGUUGAUGGUUGUGAAAUUUUUGUAUGCUGCAUUUCAAUCUUGAUUAUAAAGAGAAACAAUUGUUUCAAAAACUUAGAUAUAAUGCAGCAUUCAUAGGCUAAAAUAUGCACAAUAAAUGCGUACACAAAUUUCUAUAUAUUAAAAAAACUUCCCAAAUUA